CGGUCCGGUACUACCGGAAAGAGGCCCGUGCCGUUCCCCACUUCCUUCCCCGCCCAGCCAACAUCCAGGCGCCCUAUUGGCUCCGGCCAGGUGGGCGGUGACGGCGGAGGCAUCAUGGCGGAUCGGUUGACGCAGUUGCAGGACGCGGUGAACUCGCUCGCCGACCAGUUCUGUAAUGCUAUCGGAGUGUUGCAGCAGUGUGGCCCCCCGGCCUCUUUCAGCAACAUUCAGACAGCGAUAAACAAAGACCAGCCUGCUAAUCCAACAGAAGAGUAUGCCCAACUGUUUGCAGCAUUGAUUGCACGAACUGCGAAAGAUAUUGAUGUUCUAAUAGAUUCCCUGCCUAGUGAAGAAUCGACAGCAGCUUUGCAGGCUGCUAGUCUGUACCAGUUAGAAGAAGAAAAUCAUGAAGCAGCUGCCCGUCUGGAAGAGGUGGUUUAUCGUGGGGAUAUGCUGCUGGAAAAGAUACAGAGUGCCCUGGCAGAUAUAGCCCAGUCGCAGCUGAAGACGAGAAGCGGAACGCACAGCCAGCCCCUCCCGGACUCGUAGCGCCAGGGGGCAGCGCGCCCCUGCAAAACCGAACCGCGGCAGGUCCUGCUGGCGACGCAGCUCUGUGCCCAGGGGGAGCUGUGACAACCAGUCCUCCCCUUGGGGGGCUCUCGAGUGCUCUGAGCCCCGGUAACAACUUCUUUUAUCAAAGCUCUGACUGCAGGUUUUGUAUGAGAAACAUUUAUUUUGUGGGAUCGGUGGUUCUGUUCUAGAAUUACAUAUGUUGAUGUGUUUCCUUGACUUAAAAUACUAAUUUCUGAGAUUUCUUUUUUGUUCAUGAAUAUGUCUGACUUGAACCUGAUUUGUUACCUUCACUACACGGGCCUUAGUCCCUAAAGUGAACUUGGAAGGAAAAUCUAUUAAGAGUAUUUGUGUAAUUUGCUCACUCCUACUUUAAAA